GCAGGAAGUCAAGGAGAAGCUUCUCUCUUCGCUGCGACGCUCUCACGUCAUUUUCGGCGCCGCAAUUGGCCUCAUCGUGAGCAGGAAUUGUUUAGAAUCGUCGGUGUCUCGUUGCUGGAGCGACUGGAGGAAUCCAGUUGUUGUAUGGGAUGUGAAUGACUUGAGACAUUGAAGAGAAUAUUUCAUCGGGAGUUCUCUGCAUUAAACACAUCUGUAGAGUGGACUCACCAUGGUGUUCUACUUCACAAGCAGCGUUACCUCCCCGGGCUACACUAUAUACAUGGGCAAGGACAAGUAUGAAAAUGAAGACUUGAUCAAAUAUGGCUGGCCAGAAGAUAUCUGGUUCCACGUGGAUAAACUGUCAUCUGCCCACGUUUAUCUCCGGCUACAGAAGGGUCAGACAAUAGACGACAUACCUAAGGAUGUACUGAUGGACUGCGCACAACUAGUAAAGGCCAACAGCAUUCAAGGGAGCAAGAUGAGUAACAUUAAUGUCGUUUACACGUCGUGGGCCAACCUGAAGAAAACCGCAGACAUGGACAUUGGCCAGAUAGGAUUCCACCGGCAGAAAGACGUGAAAACGAUGAGCGUGGAGAAGGUGAACAAGAUUGUGAAUCGCCUGGAGAAGACAAAAGACGAGCGAUUCCCAGACCUGGCGGCAGAGAAGGAGGCGCGAGACCGGGAGGAGCGGAACGAGAAGAAAGUGGAGAUCCAGGAAAUGAAGAGGAAAGAGAAGGAGGAAAUGAAAAUGAAAAAGGAAAUGGAAGAACUCAGGAGUUACUCCUCCCUCAUGAAAUCAGAGAACAUGUCGUCCAAUCAGGACGGCAACGAUUCCGAUGAUUUCAUGUAACUGCUGCUGCCGCACCGGAACGGAACCGGUGUCCUGGGAUCUCUUCCUGCACCAACAGAAGAAUCAGCAAACAUGGAGUUAACUGGACAUGCAGCUCCUCAUUCAUUGGUUCAACAGGGAAGCGGCGUGGGAAAGGGGGCGAGAAGUGAACCCCGUUUACCCAUCAGCCAAUUUUUUGUUUAGGCAUCUGAGCUGAGGAAUGGGGUGCAGGGAGUUGUGGAUUUUCACAUCACUUAGGGAUCACCUGUGAGUGUGGCCUUGCGCCUGCCCAGAUGCAUUAUGGAUCAUUACAGUCGCGCUUUCCAGGACGGGACGUUUUGAUUGGAUAAAUGAUCCCCGUGUACAAGAGCAGCGUUUCUCCCGAAGAUCCUGCAGUGAGAGUUUUUAAAGGAUUUUUUUUUUGUUAUUUUUCAAGAACUUAGAGAAAAUAUAUUUCCAAUGUUCACAAUGUCUUGAUGGACCCCAAAUCCGGCUCGAAACUGCCCAUCCCUUCCAUAUCCCUUCCAUAUUCCUUCCAUAUUCCUGCUGAAGCCUCACUGGGAAAUAAAUCACUUGCCCAUUCA